GAUCCCUCCGCCCCGCCCCGCCAUGGCGGUCACGGGGAAGGGCAAGCAGCUCGCCUCCGACGCCCCGGGCGCCUCCGCCUCCGGCACCAAGCGCCGCCUCGGCGGCGGCGGCGCCGGCGCGGGCCCCUCCUCCUCCUCCUACAAAGCCGCCGCCAAGCGCGGCCGCCGCGAGGGCGUCCUCCAGUUCUUCGACGACGUCGCCGGCGUCGACGACGAGUACGAGGAGGAGGACGAGCCCGAGUCCGAGGAGGACUUCGACGACGACGACGGUUUCGUUCCUGAGCCACCGAGAAAAAGCGAUAACAACAGAAGGGCCGAAAGAUCACACCCUCUUCCAUUUCUCGGGCAUGUGAAGGAAGAGGAGCUGAGCGGCGACGAACUCGAGGAGUUCGUCAGGCAGCGCUACUCUAGUCGUGUGAGACAUGCCGGUCAUGGUGGCUCUGCCCAGUAUGACGACGCGGAGGAUGAGGAGUUCACCCAUUUGAACGAGCCUAUUAUCUGGAGAGUCAAAUGCAUGGUUGGGCGUGAGCGGCAAAUGGCUUUCUGCCUCAUGCAGAAGUUCGUUGACCUGAAGAAGUAUGGCACAAAAGUGCCAAUUAUCUCGGCGUUCUCACUUGACCAUGUGAGAGGAUUUGUUUUUGUUGAAGCUGAGAAGGCGUGUGAUGUUACAGAGGCAUGCAAAGGAUUUUGCAAUGUUUAUGUAAGCCGAAGCAGUCCUGUUCCUGCAGCUGAAGUUCCUAGCUUGCUAUCACCUCGUGCAAAACCAGCUGGAGUCUCUCCAGGCACAUGGGUGCGCAUGAAAGCUGGAAAUUAUAAAGGAGAUCUAGCACAGGUUGUCGGUGCGGAUGAUGGGCGGAAAAGGGUGUUGAUAAAGCUUAUACCAAGAGUUGAUCUCCGAGCUAUUGCGAAAAAAUUUGGCGGUGCAAUUUCCCUAAAAGGAGCUCCAGUUCCAGAACCACGACUAAUCAGUUCACAGGAGCUAGAGCUCUUUGCACCUCAUAUUGAGAGGAAGCGUGAUCGUCAGACUGGUGAUGUUUUUGAAGUGCUUGAUAGUUUGAUGUUCAAAGAUGGUUUCCUGUAUAAGAGAGUUGCACUUAGUUCUUUGAUUUACUGGGGGAUACAACCAACGGAUACUGAGCGUGUCAAGUUCUCUUCUAGUCCAAGCACUAAAACUUCUGCUGAUGACAUGGAUUGGGUCUCCAGCGUUUAUGGUCAGAAGAAAAGGAACGUGUCCAGAGAGCCUGAUAUGAAUCCAUCAUCAUCUUCUAAAGACAAGUGCUCCAAGGCAUCAAAUCUUAAAGGUUCCAGUUCUUCAAAUCUUAAAGGUUCCAGUUCUGCAGAAAAUUAUGAUGAUGAUGGUGAUGGCGAGGAUGAUCAAUUCCAUCUCCAUGAUCUUGUACUUUUUGGGCGAAAAGAUUUUGGGGUGAUUAUUGCUGUUGAAAAAGAUGGUUUUAAGAUUUUAAAGGGUGGUCCUGAAGGAACCGCUGUGACAGUUAGAAAGCAGGAUAUUAACAGAGGAUGCGUAGACAAAAUGUUUACAGCUGUUGACCAUCAGAAGAAGACAAUAUCCAUGAAUGACACAGUUAAAGUUCUGGAAGGACCAGUUGAGGGUAAGCAAGGAGUUGUUAAACACUUGUACAUGGGAAUACUCUUUAUAUAUAAUGAAAGUGAAAGUGAGAACGGCGGAUAUUUCUGUGCCCAAUGUGGGUCAUGUGAAAAUAUCAAGAAAAGGAGGGAACUGACAAAUUCGGAGGAUAGUCCAAUUCCCAUGUUCUCGGACUCGGGUUUUAUACCAUCUGAGCAAAAUGAACAACGUAGCAACGAAAGGCCUUAUAGGGCACCCAGAGAACAACUCUUCUCA